AUGGCACCUAUUGCAAUCCCAGUCAACUCAGACAUCCAAGAGAAGGACACUGUCCAGCCCAAGAAAGAUACAUUGGCUCUUCCAGAGGCGGCAAGAAAGAGACUCGAGAAAGCUGGCGUUGACUUGUCCAACGGGUACCCGUACAGACCUGCUAAGCCAUUGUACCUGGACGACGUGUACAAAAUCAGGGACUAUGAUCGCGAAUAUGUGGAUCCUGGCUCUAGAGCCGACCCAGAGAAAAAGGCUCUGCUCAGUGCGGCAAAGGAAGUCAUCCAUCUCACUGCUCAUAUCGGUACUGAGAUCGUUGGUCUGCAACUGAAGGAUCUUACCGACCAGCAGAAGGAUGAGCUUGGCCUGCUGAUUGCGGAGAGGAGUGUGGUUUUCUUCAGAAACCAGGACAUUUCGCCGCAACAGCAACUGAAAUUGGGUGAAUGGUAUGGUGAGAUCGAGGUUCAUGUGGGUUCUCUACCUCAAGUACCUUCAGUACCAGGUGUACCAGGCACGACCGUGAUUUGGCCUGCGUUGCAGGCUACUGAGAUUCUACCCAGCUUCAGACAGACUGGAGGAGCGUCCAGGUGGCACACUGAUCUCGUGCACGAAAGGCAACCCGCGGGUGUGACCCACCUGCAUAACGAUACCAUUCCAAAAAUUGGCGGCGACACUUUGUGGGCUUCGGGCUAUGCGGCGUAUGAAAAGCUUUCGCCAGACUUCAGGAAGAUCAUCGACGGCAAGCAGGCUGUGUACCGCAGCGCUCACCCAUACCUUGACCGAAAUAACCUCACAGCCGGGCCGAAGUACAUCGAGCGUGUGCAUCCGCUCGUUCGAGUGCACCCUGCCACAGGCUGGAAAGCACUCUGGGUCAACCGAGCCAUGACAGUCCGAAUUGUUGGCCUGGACAAAGCUGAGAGCGACCUGAUCCUUGGGUACCUGUACGAUGUGUAUGAGAAGAAUGUUGAUAUCCAGGUGCGAUUCAGGUGGACGCCGGGUACCUCGGCGCUGUGGGACAACAGGAUCACAAUCCAUAACGCCAGCUGGGAUUAUGAAGGGACUGAGCCGAGGCACGGUACGAGAGUGACUGCGCUGGCAGAGAAGCCGUUCUUCGAUGCAAAGGCACCGACAAGGCGACAGGCUCUCGGUCUUGCUGGUCCGGAUGAUAUUUGA